GAUGUUUCCGAAAAGACUGCUCGCUUGAUUCGACGAAAUUGGGCUCAGUAGAAAUCAUGCGUGGUGCAAGAACCACUGCAGCAGGGGAAAGAACCGAGGCAGCGCGCUAAGAAACAAAAAAUACGGAUUAAUUAGGCACAGCAACCGAAAUCAUCCUAAUCCUAGGGCAUAGCUUGAAAGCUUGAAAGACAUUCCAAGAGACAGCAUCAUCAAAGAGACCGGGCCAUCAAGGUAAUACAGCUGCAAAUUAGCAAGGCAAUGGCCAAUGGAAACUGUACAUACGUACGAAGUACCUUACUCAUAUGACCACUCACGAAGGGGUCAAGAGAAUCAUUUCUCACUCAACUUCUGUCUACCAUCAUCACAAUCCACCGGUGCUAUUACACCGAUCAUUACUUCAGUCUCACGGCCGCUAGAGUACUACCGGAGAAGACGGAUCUUGAAUGUCAUCAAUACGAGCAUCAGAGUCAUUUUAGCUAGCUUCGAUAUAAACCCCGAUCCAAGCUACGAAGUACUACCUAGAACAGAUCACUCACAAGGAGGUUCUUUGGCUGCGUCACAGAGGAUGACAAGAGGAAAAGAUAAGGUAGUUUCUACAGCAAUCAAUUCGGGCCCGGUGGAUGAUCCGCACAAGUUACACCGUCUCCACAAUGCCGGCUCCGGUGGUGUGGCCGGGGCCGGGCCAUGGGUGGCAUCCCCCCAGAGGUUUGCGUUGGACAAGCCGGAGACGGUGGCUUUGGCUUCGGCAUCACCGUGUCGAUCCCCGUAAGCAGACGGCCGAAACGGUGUGGGUGCUCCCGGCCAGUCGACCCUC